AUGGCCAAGAAGCCUCCUCGUCAGAAAAUAAGCUAUGUCCUCGAACUUGAUCACUCCUCCUCCGGCGGCCAUAGACUCGGGGUAAACGGCCUUGCCAUUGACCGCGGCAAUGCCAUACUUUAUUCCGGUGGAAGAGAUGGCGUCGUGUGCGCCUGGGAUCUCGGUCUCGACCUCAAUGAUUACCCUGCUAUCCUCCCCUCGAGGAUAAAACACACCACUUUUCGCGCCUCAACCCAAGCUCACACACAUUGGAUCAAUGAUAUCGCCCUCGUCUCGCACCACUUUGCCGUCGCCUCGGCAUCUUCCGACUUGACCGUCAAGCUGUGGCAGCCCUCCGGUAGAAAUGAAGCCCACACCAUCGGCCAGCAUGCAGACUACGUCAAGUGUCUUGCUGCUCCUCCCCAGGGCGACUGGGUUGCGUCUGGUGGGCUGGACCGUAAGGUUUACCUAUGGGAUCUUCAUGGCAGAGGCAAGAGAUUGGAGAUCGACGUACAAAGCGAGGACUUUACCCAGAAAGGUUCUGUUUAUGCCAUCGGUGUAGCUCGGAGUAUACUUGCCACUGGUGGUCCCGAGUCUACUGUGCGGUUAUGGGAUCCCAGGACUGGCAAAGGAGUUACUAAGUUCGUUGGCCAUACCGACAAUAUCCGCUCCAUACUGGUGAACGAUGCUGGGGACACUGUUCUAACAGCCAGUGCCGAUCAAACAAUCAAAGUGUGGAGCGUAACCGCCGGCCGAUGCAUGUACACAUUCACUAUGCAUAACGACAGUGUCUGGUCACUGUUUUCGGACCACCCUGACCUAAGUGUGUUCUACAGUGCGGAUCGUUCCGGUCUCAUCGUCAAGACGGACACUCGUGGUACGGUUGAGCUGGACCAAGGUUUGUCUGUGGCCGUGGCCCAAGAGCACAAUGGAAUCAAUAAGGUCAUUGCAUGCGGAACUUAUAUCUGGACAGCAACGGCGAGCUCAUCCAUCAACAGAUGGACAAACAUUGAUACAGGACCGGACGCUCGCCUCCCAGAACCAUUCAGGCGUAUGCGUAGCGGUAGCACGACAUCAGUACCAAAGCAGAUUGCCGUCACUUCAAUGAAUACCUCUCCCCAAGAGAUCCCUGCUCAUUCAAUACUGAAGAUGUCUAAUACAGCGUCCUUCCCGCCAGACAUUAAUUUACCAUCAGAGCCAAACGCUUUUGACCCCGCCAUCAGCAGGAAGGGCUCGGAAAUCUCGCCUGACCCUAUCCUACCAAUAGAGCCAAUUCAUCGCCUACCACAGGAGACCAUUGAAGGUCAAAAUGGACUCGUCAAGUAUAAAUUACUCAAUGAUAGAAGAAGAGUGUUGACGCUUGACACGGCCGGAGACGUUCUACUUUGGGAUCUCAUCCAAUGCGAAGUAAUUCAGAGAUUUGGCAAGCGGCACCUCGAGCACGUUGAGCCAGAAGUGAAUACUCUCGAGGCUGUUACACCAUGGUGUUCUAUCGACACAAGCUCAGGCAAUUUGAGAGUUGUCUUAGAUUCCUUCAACUGCUUUGACGCUGAAGUAUAUGCUGACGAGGUGGAGGUGGAGGAACCCAUCGAUUUCAGGGAAGAUCAGAGAAUAAACCUGGGGCGAUGGAUUCUUCGAUACUUAUUUGCGAGAUUGAUAGACGAGGAAAUUAAACGAGACGAAAUUUAUAGAAAGAAGCUGAACAAGAGUAGAGAAAUGCGCCUGGCUGGUAGUCGCGCGGAGAUAUUGCGGCCGCUGUCGAUACCUAUUAUUAAUGACAACAGUGGAAACGCCACGGGGUCUCCGGUUAUGACGCCUAAAGGAACCGGCUCCAAUCUUCUGACUCCUGGAUUAGGCAUAGGAGUCGCGACGCCGGCUGUACACUUGCCAGGUGUACCUGAGAAGGGUGACACACUACUCAGCUCGGUUGAGAAACGAUCUUCUCAAAUAGAUGGCCAGUCUGGUGAAGAUUACUUUUCUAAUGGGAUUAGCUCUGCCGAUACGCCUUACAAAGCGGCUACAACACCAGCAACUGCCGAACCACCGGUUGUUGAAAUACCGAAAACGCCAGCGGAAACCAAGGAUAAGGAUAAAGAAACCAAGUCUCCGAGCACACCCUUCGGCAAGAAAUUCAAGAUUGGUAUGUCGUUUGUUAGCAAGAAAACUAGCCGGUCCGCGUCGAGCAACACAGAGAAGCCAGUUAUGGUAGAAGAGAAGCAGGAGGAAAAUAAGUCGGAAUCGUCUUCAAACCAUGAGAAAGAAAUUGAAGACAGUUUCCGGGGCACUAUUCAAAAGAUCCGCAGCGAUUACGACAAGCAAGUGCUCGAGAAUCCAGACCAGUUCGUUGAAACCAAGAUCGCGCCUAGCUUGCCCAAUGAGACACCUGUACUGCUGUUACCGCGCGGAACCAAAGUCUUCAUCCACGAAGAGACCUCAGGCGGCAGUGCUGAUGUGUAUCGUGGAACGGUGAUGACGGUUGGUGCAGAUGCCGACAUUAUCGAAGCAAAGGCACCCAUGUGGCUAGCAGAAGUUCUAUUGACCAACACGAUCCCUCCUAAGGACCCUGUUAAAGUGUCAUUUAUUUUGCAUCCCUGGCAAGAUUCCUUGCCCCCCAUUCCAGCUGCUGAUGGCAAUAAUCGUCUCAACGCCAAUAGGAUGCUCCGAGUGAAGAAGAUACUUGCAUAUGUAGCGGAGCGAAUUGAAACGCCUCCUGAAGAGCCAGAUCCCAAUGCCUUGAAACCAGAAGAAUACUUAGAAUUAUAUUGCUACGACCAGUUGCUACCAAAUACCAUGAGUCUUGCUACUUUAAGAGCGCAUGUCUGGAAGGGGGGUAAUGAUAUUGUACUGUAUUACAAGGCGAAUGGACGAAAAGAGAUACCCAAGGUGCAAGCGAAACAGGAGGCGGCGCCGGAAGCCGAAGUCGCGCCAGCGUCUACACAGCCAGUUGUGACAGGUACUACGAAUUGA